UUUGCUGAUGUGGGUAUUGCAGCUGCUUUGUCUCCCUGGAGAAGGAGUGGAGAGCAGCUCUGACCCUCUCAAUUCUUCAGGAAAUGGGAAGAGUCAGGUGCAGAGUAGGAGCCAUCCUCCUUUAGAAAGGCCACAGCCUUUCUCCACUGCUUGGAGGUGCCUCAUUCCUGUCUUCCAUCACGGCAGUGCCAAUAGCAAGCUCAUGGUGCUCCUGUUACACUCUUACUGCCCCAAGACCUUCCUGACCUGCAGACCAAGCAGGAAGAGCGUUGCUGGCAGCCAGGAUACGUCUCCUUUACUCACACAGUGGCUUUACGGGCUCUGCUUCUGCUGCAAUGAAACACAGAAUUCACACCCAGCUCCGUGAGAUCUGACCCUCAGCAAGUUUGUACCUGGAAACCCUAAGAAUGCCUUCUGGCUUUGAGUAAUUUAAAACCUGUACCUCCACUUGGGUGGUGACACGCUGACAGCAGUGCCACGAUUCCAAACAACAGCAUGCUGUUACAAGCACGGAUGUUGGAGACUUGUGCAUGGAGUUAAAGGCGGGGAUACGCCUGGCUGAGCACGAACCAUGGAACCAUCUGAGUUGGAAGGGAUCCUAAAGGCCGCCUGGUCCAUCUGCAACAAUCAGGGAUGCGUACAGCUGGUCAGAUUUUGACUACAAGUGGAAGACAGAUCUUUGAAAUACAUGAUGGCCACUUGUCAGCUUUUAAGUAGGCCGAAGAAUAAGUCCUCUAAGGAAUUUCUGUUGUUCCCCAACAAAAUCACUACUAAGCAGCAGUCUGUGGUGCUGGUGAAAAGACUUCUGGCCAUCUCUGUCUCCUGCAUAACAUACCUGAGAGGGCUGUUCCCUGAGAGUUCUUAUGGAACACGCUAUUUAGAUGACCUCUGUCUAAAAAUUCUGAGAGAAGAUAAAAGCUGUCUGGGAUCGUUUCAGAUAGUCAAGUGGAUUCAAGGUUGUUUUGAUGCUUUGGAGAAGCAGUAUCUACAUGUUGCUGUCCUAGCAAUGUACACCAAUCCCGAGGAACCGGAGACAGUGACUGAAUUGUAUCAAUUCAAGUUCAAGUACAAACAGGAGGUGCCCGAGAUGGACAUCAUCAGCAACAGGACGAACUUUGUGAAUGGAGUGUGCAGCGAGGACGUGAAGCAAGCCUGCAGCCUCCUGAUCCGUAAGCUGUACCUGCUAAUGCAGAACCUGGGCCCACUUCCCAAUGACAUUUCCCUGACCAUGAAGCUCCUCUAUUACAAUGAUGUGACUCCUGAUGAUUACCAGCCACCUGGCUUUAAGAAAGAUGACAACCCUGGGGACCUGUUGUUUGAUGGUGAUCCUGUCAACUUGAAACUAGGGUCAGUCUCCACUGGGUUCCACACCUUGAAGGUGAAAGUAACAACUGAAAACAAAAGAAUGGGGAGAGUUGAAAGCAACCUGAUCCAGAAGAAUAGCCCUACUGAGAUCUCCCACCAAGGGCUAGACUGCGAUGAAGAGGAAGAGGAGGGAAGCACUAAGAACAACCCUCUCCCUGUCAGAGCAGAGUCAGAUGAGCAUGGAAAGGAUGGAAAGGACAGAAAUUAUACCCAUCCAGGCCUGGGAACUGAAGCAUCUUCUUUUUGCCUUCAAGAUACAGGUGGAAAGGGAAAGAUGGAAAUAAAAGAGAUGGGCAGGCAGCCUUCCUCACAGGCAUCUCAGCAGAUAAGCUGCCUGAACCUUGCAUUUAGCCAGGAAGAGGUAAUAGGACCCAAGAAGAAAAGGAAGGUCAGUGAACCAGAGAAGCUGCUUCUGGAAGGCAGGAAAUGAUGUUUGUUUUGCCACACAAUGCAUUUCAGAAGGAGAAAGACAAACAAGCCUGUGGUUAUGGCUACUAGAGGGAAGCCUGUCAGUCUGCCUUGUGCGCACCGGAGAAUGCAAAGUGUCCUGUCCCGCAAUGAAAGUGAAGGAGGCUGUCUCAUGUUACCACACAGUGAGAGUGAGCACACAGACACCACAAGUGAAUCCACAGCUGAGAGUGCUGCCCUGCUUGUAGCCAUGGCCAGAGGCUCGCUGGCUCAGUGCGCACUGCCUUGUAAUCAGCUAUUUUACGGUAACGACUUCUAGUCAUUUUCAUUUCAGGCUUGGUUAGAAAUAAAGUGACUUGUGAUGAACUGCCA